CGCACCAAAUCUUCUUCACGGCGAGGUUGAGUAGUCCCGGAAAUGGAGGAGGCUCAAAGCGUACUGGGAUAAAUUGUUGCGAUAAUCCAGUGCGUAAAUACGAGCAUCCCUGACAAUUUGCAUUGCUUGACAUUCGAGAUGCGCAUCCUUUGUUUACAUGGAGCAGGUACCAACUCUCGGAUAUUCGAGAUUCAGACGGCGGCUAUUCGGUAUGAGCUCGGUGAUAAUCACACCUAUGAUUUUGUCGAGGGAACGAUUCCUUCCACAAUGUACCCGGGUGUGGAUGUAGUGGCCUGGAAAGACGAACCCGUGUACGCCUACUUCGACGAGCAUCAUCCUGAAAGCGGGUUCGCAGCCUACCAUUACUUGGAGGAGUACCUCCAUGACGAGGGCCCCUAUGAUGGGGUCAUCGCAUUCAGCCAAGCAGGCACGAUGAUCCUCACGUACCUCAUCCAUCUCGCCAAGAAGGAUCCCCGGGCUGAAAUGCCAUUCAAGUUUGCAAUUAUCCUUUCCAUCACUCACCCCCCACUGGACUAUCAAGAGCUUCAGAAAGGUCGUGUGAUGGCCAUCGAUCUCGAGGGUACAGCAGGCAUUAUCCCGAUCCCAACUGCCCAUAUUUGGGGCUCACUUGAUGAGGCCGCCAGCCAGGUUGCCACGUCAAAUAGUGUCUGCAAGGCUGAUGUUAGAUGGGUUUAUGUCCAUGGCCGAGGGCAUGAGGUUCCCGGCGCCGGGUCCAAGGACGAUGUUACGCAAACGGUCAAUAUUAUUCGCAGAGCCGUCGACGCCGCAUCCAACCAAUAACAAGGCCGACUACCGUAAAGGGGAAUGCACUGCGGAUCGCCACACUAUGUAUGUAUCGAUAUCAAUAGGUCCGGGAAUGC